AUGCCAGCGGGUUACUACAGGAACUGGCGCUUCAUUGGAUCCGUCGUGGCAGUUGCAUUCAUGGCUCAAGGCCUGUAUCUAGGGUAUAUCUUACCGGCAAAUACCAUCACAAUCAUCAAUGCGGAUCUUGGACCAGACCCCAACUACGCCCUUAUUCCUAUCGUUAAGACACUGUGCGGUGGCGUUGGUCUCAUCAUGGUUGGGAGACUCAGCGAUAUCUUCGGGCGACGGUGGUUUAUGAUCAGCGGCGGAGUCCUUGGUAUCAUUGGUUCUAUCAUAUGCGCCACAGCGAAGAACAUCGACACAAUCCUUGGAGGUACCGUCUUCAUCGGCCUCGCUGGUGCGGUUCAAGUCUCCUUCAGCUUCAUACUCAUGGAACUCGUCGCGAAUAAGCAUCGAGCCGUCCUUACGGGCUUCCUGUUCCUGACGACUUGCCCUCUUGCUGCCUUCGGUCCGCUCAUCGCUCGAUGCAUUGCCGCCUACACGACUAUUGGAUGGCGGUUGAACUACCACCUCAACCUGAUCACCAAUGCCAUCGCGGUCAUUCUCUUUGUUAUCUGCUACUAUCCACCCAGCCAUGGGCAACUGCACGAAGGCCGGAGCAUCCGACAAGACUUGAGAGACCUCGACUGGGGCGGCAUUGUGCUGUACUCUGGAGGUCUCACAUCCUUCAUUCUGGCUCUCUCGUGGGGCGGCGGCCUGUAUCCUUGGGCAUCGUAUCACGUAUUGGUCCCACUUAUCCUUGGCUUCUUCGUCCUAGUGGCGUUCGCCUUCUACGAGGUCUAUAUGCCUCUCAAGUAUCCACUGAUCCCGAUGGCUCUCUUCUUGAACGGUCCCUUCAUGGCCCUUUGUGGCGUGGCUUCGGUCGCAAGCAUGUUCUACUACAGCUUGACAGUCAUCUGGCCCCAGAUGAUCACGGCGCUUUACGACAAGGACACCAUCAUGAUCGGGUUGAUGUCUGGUACCCUUGGUGGCUCGAUCGCGUUCGGUCAAGUCUUUGGUGGAGGAUCGAUUAAACUCGGAUGGGGUCACUGGCAACUGCGAGCCUCAGCCGUCGCCAUGUGCGCCUUCAUCGGAGCCAUGGCCGCUACUGAUGCUUCAACACGGACAUUGGCCGUCGUCAUGUGUGCCCUCGGGGCGUUCGCGGUUGGCAUCGUGGAGGUUGUCGGGAUCGUUGCCGUCCCUUUCACCGUAGCACCAGAAGACCUGGGUCUUGCGAGUGGCCUGCUCGGAUCGAUGCGUUCUACGCUUGGAUCAGUUGCGACAGCUAUCUUCUCCAGUGUUCUUACAACACAGAAGGGCAAGGAGAUACCGCCCAGACUGAUGGCGCUCGCUGAGCAAGAUGGUCUCCCCCAGACUUCCAUUACGGCACUAGUCAAGGCAGGGCUCCAGGGAGCUACGGCAACACUGGCCAAGAUCCCCGGCAUCUCUGCGGACAGACUUGCGGCGUACGUUGUCGCUAUCCGAGAUGGCAACGUCAACUCGUACCAUAUGGUGUUCUACUCCAGUCUCGCAUUUGGAGGUAUCGCCGUCAUCUGCGCCUUCUGCUGCCAGGAGUUCAACAGCCACUUCACGAACAGGGUGGACCGCAGGCUCCAGCACACGGGCAAGAAGCAGGAGACGUCAAAGGAGGUUUGAAAGGGGGGCGGGCAGACAAAGUGUUGCGG